AUGCUCUCCAUCCUCGCCCCUCUGCUCCUCCUUGCUGUCGCCGCCAAUGCGCGAGUCUUGGAAAGCAUGGCCCGCCCCCCGCGGGGCUGGGCCCGGGCGCGCGACGCCCUGCCGGCCGAACGCCUGACCCUCCGCAUCGCCCUGCGCCACCCCGCGGCGCUGGAGCAGGUGGUGCUGGCCGCGUCGACACCAGGCCACGCCGGGUACGGCCGGCACCUGUCGCGCGACCAGCUGCGGGCCUUUACGGCCCCGGACCCGCGCGCCGUCGCCGAGGUCUCGGCCUGGCUGGCCGCGGCCGGGGUGCGCGACUUCGCCGUCGAGCACGACUGGGUCGCGCUGAACACGACGGUGGCCGUCGCCGACGAGAUGCUGGGCGCCCGGUUUGCGUGGUACGAGCAGGUCGCGACAAAGAGGGACGCCACGCCCCGCCGCCUGCCAGCGCGGCAAGACGAGCGGCGGCAGCAGCUGCGGACGCUUUCGUACGGCGUGCCGGACGACACAGCCGCGAAGCACAUUGAGCUGGUGCAGCCGACGACGCGCUUCGGCGGCCCGUCGGCGCAGCGCGUCGGCUACUUCGAGUCGGGCGACCUCGGGCCGGCCACUGGGGAGCCGUCGGGGUCGCAGGGGUCGCGGCCGCUCUGCAGCGCUGUCGGGGCGGUCGAGGCGCCCACAGCGGUCGAGCUCUGCAACCAGACCGUCGGUAUCGGGCCGCAGUGUCUCAGGGUCCUCUACAAUGUCAACUAUACGGCAUCGGCGGGGGGGCAAUCUGGUGGCGUUUUCGUCCUUCCUCGAGCAGAACGCACGAUACGCCAACUUCGAUACGUUCCAGAAGCAGUUACUUCCGACAGGCGCGGGCAAAGCUUCAGGAUGGAGCUGAUCAACGGAGCUGUGAAUAACCAGACCAGCACUGCGGACAGCGGCACGCCCCUGGUACCCACGCGUGACCAACCGCGUGAGUCCGGCAACGAGCCAUACAUCGAGCUCCUCACCUACCUGCUCGCCCUCCCCGACUCGGCCCUGCCGCAGACGCUCUCGACCUCGUACGCCGAGGAGGAGCAGUCGGUCCCGCGCGAGUACUCGCUCAAGGUCUGCAACAUGUUCAUGCAGCUGGGCGCCCGCGGCGUGUCCGUCAUAUUCGCAUCCGGGGACACGGGGCCCGGCAACAACUGCGUCAGCAACGCCGACGACGCCACCGUCGUCUUGGGUCCGACCUUCCCCGCCGGCUGCCCCUUCGUGACCUCGGUCGGCGCCACCGCCGGCGCCGGCCCCGAGCGCGCCGCCGCCUUCUCCUCGGGCGGCUUCAGCAUCCACCACGCGAGGCCUGACUACCAGGACUCGGCCGUCCGGACAUAUGUGAACCAGACGACGAACGGCGUCAACUUCCACGUCGUCGACGGCGGCCGCGACCGCCUGCUCUCGGGCACGAGCGCCAGCGCGCCCGUCUUCGCCGGCAUGGUGGCGCUGCUCAACGCCGCGCGCCGCGCCGCGGGCCUCCCGCCCCUGGGCUUCCUCAACCCGAUGCUGUACCGCGCCGCCGCCGCCGCCGCCUUCGCCGACGUCGUCGACGGCUCCUCGGUCGGCUGCAGGAGGGAGACGGCCGCGUUCGGCCCCGGGGGCGCGCGGUGGAACGCGACGGCCGGCUGGGACCCGGUCACGGGCCUGGGCACGCCGCGGUUCGAUGCGCUGCUUGCACUGGCUGCGCCGGGUGUAGAGAACAAUUGA